GAAGGGAGGAAACGUAUACGCCAGCACCCUGAACGAGCACCUGAGGGACCCCAGCCACCCGCAACCUCACCUGAACACAGACAGUAGGACCAUGAAGACCGUGGUGGCUCUGCUGCUGCUCUGUCUGUGUGAUCCUGGACAGAGCGAUUGCCAGACAGACUGCCUGUCUUGCAGCAACAUCCUCCCCAAGCAACUCAGCUUUGACACCCUGGUGUGUCUCAUUGAGUGUGAAGGCAGCAUCUCCCCAUCCUCCUCCUGGGAUCUCUGUCGCAAAGCAACCUUGUCGCCGUUCUCCAUCUCAACAGGGGGUGACAUGCUGAAGAGAGCUCAGGAGGAGGUGGAGGCCCUGUUGCCCGAAAACGAGGCGCAGGUGGAGGGAGGUUUGCUGGCGCCUGCUGCCUUGCAGAGGUUCAACCAUGUGAUGGACGAGAGGGAUCUGAGUGGCAGGCUCAGCCAGCUGAACGCUGCGUACGACUCAGAGAAUGCCCUCUCCCUGAAUGAGGAAGAUGAUGAAGAAGCAGGGCAGGAAGAAGGGGACAUCGAUGUGGCAGCGAGAAGGCAAGGUGAAGUAGGACUGAGUGUCUCCAAGAGGUUCGGCGGCUUCCUCAAAGGGAGGCACGGCUACAAGAAGCUGCUUUCUCCAGGAAGGUCCUACCAGAAGAGGUAUGGCGGCUUCAUCGGUGUUCGGAAGUCAGCCCGCAAGUGGAACAACCAGAAACGUUUCAGUGAGUUCCUGAAGCAGUAUCUGGGCAUGAGCACUCGUGCCACUGAAUUCAACAGCAUGUCAGAGGACCUCACCCAAGAGAAUGAAGUUUAGCAGAUUGCACCUUUAAGCCUAAAACAAUGUCCCUGAAGCAUUUUCACUGAUCUCAUUUCAUUUUAAAAACACCACCAUUGUAAAAAAUUGGCUUGCUUUGACCACUCUUUCACCAAAAAUGAUCAUUUUAAGUUCUUUGCAAAAACAUUAAAUUUAAGACAGUCAUGAGGUCUAAGAAAUAUGUACAUAUACAAUAUAUCUGUUCCACCUGCUGGUGCACUUGUAACCUCAAGAUGCAAGGAUAACAGCUCCUCCAUCUUUCUUCUGUCCCCAGUAAUUAUGUUGCAAACCAUUUGCCUUUAUCUGUCAUGGAUUUCCUGAAGACACUGUCAACCACCUUAACCUUUCAGUGGAUAUGUACAUGUUCAAGGGCCUUGUAUCAUUUGAUUAGCUGUCCUGUAACAUCAGAAACACUUUUCUUAAUUGGCUGUUAAGGGCAGUUGCUCUGGGUUUUGAAGAUCCUUGCUGGUCAUUGAGUGGUUUCCAGCAAAAUAAAGAAGGAUUCAAUUUCACUGUUUCAUUUCAUUAGCCAAAAAUGAGCACACUGACAAAAGUGAUUUUUGCUUUUCCAAUCCCAGUGAUAGAUUUUUACAGAUUAUUUUCAUGUGUCAUGUUGGAAAAACAAACCUCAAAGAUGGGGAUUCCCAGGGUGAAAUUUUCUUUCAUUAAGGCCUGCCCUUUUGGGGUCCUUGAAAUAGAAAAUGAAUGAUAUUCUCUGGUUUCAAGCCUGGCAGGAUCACACUCUUUAUUAUGCUGCCAUCUUGUGGCUAAUAUGCAUAAUGCAAGCUCCAGUAAACAUUCAACAUUUGUCAGCGAAGCCUUAGUCUGCCUAGUAAUAUGAAUCCAUUGGUUUGUCACUGUGCCAAAACACCACUGAGACAGGGCUACUGAAACAGGUUUAAUUAACAUAUCCCUACUUUGAUCGGGUGCAAAAUGUAACAGCAACAACAAACUGAAAGACUAUACAAGACUCAGUAUUCACUUUUACAUGCCAAUGAUCUGUUUGCAAAACCGAUGUUGUGUCUCUAAAAGUGCUCUCGGUCUGGCUCUUGUGCUCAGGCCCCAACAUACUGUAUGUACCAACGGUGUUUGGAAUUUUCUUUAAAGUGUAACGGUGUGGAUUGGUUGUGUUGCUCACUAUCAAGAUCUGUAAAUAGCUGAAUUUGAACAUGUCAAUAAAGAUAGUUUACUAUUUCCUUU